CCCAGGUGUUUGAUCACAUUUGAUUGAAAUGAAAAGUGCUUUUUACAAUAAUUAGUGCCAAAAAUGCGCAUGGAAGUCUUGUACACAAGAAACUGUAUUUCUGGACGUGACAUAGAGGGAAACACCAUGGGUCCGCUUCAAGAGAAAACGGUUUUAAGCGUACCUAAACGUUCGAACAAUUAGAUUCGAGUGAAUGCUUUUUCUUUUACCGGAAAAAGGUCACAUGCUUUAAAACUAUUUUUUAAUUUUGGACGGCGUUGACAAAAGCGUGUGAUACAAGCACUAGUGGAACGAGCAGCCUGAAAUCUAUUUGUGGAACCUUCAGACUACACGUUAUCCCCAAGAUUAUCGUUUUGGAAAUUCCCGAAUAUUCUUAGUUAAGACUUACGAGAUGGUUUCAAGGACUGUUGGCAAUGCCCGAGAGUGCUUGCUAUCGAUUGUAGCCGUCUGUGCUAUUGUCAUUUUAUAUUUCACCUUUAGCAUUAUCAAUGACAACAGUUUAAAUCUCAACAUGGCCAAGGACGUGGGCGCCUCACUGAGAGGGAUCAAGGAGCAAGUAAAUCUAAAAGGGGUUGAAAUAUCGAGUCCUUUUAAAACCACGCCGGACGCUCCUGAUCAAGAUAAUCUGCAAAAGGAACAUGCGGCUGCCAAGUCCAUCAUUUCCUCAGCUGAAACCAGCACCAAUCGUCAAACCAAGGAGGUACCCACCUCUGCUGUUUUAAAAACUUCCGAAUCUCCACCCAAACAGGCGUCUGUGAACGAACUAGUGAAAACUGUGACUGCUAGCUCUUCUCUCGUCCACCAUGCAAAAAGCUGCGCCAUUCGAGAUAAGAAGUUUGCUCACCACAAAAAACAGGACAUCCACCCAGUGUCGAGACACCAUCGCACAUGCAAGCCAAAUAAGCACGUGAUGUUUCUGAAAACACACAAGACGGGCUCAACCACGGUUUCCAAUAUUAUUUUGAGGUUUGCUUAUGCAAAUGAUCUUCAUGUUGCCCUCCCAGCCGUCGAUGACACACACUUGGAUUCGUGUGAUGGCGACAUAAACGUCAUAAUGACAAUGAAACAACAGCGUCACGCGCCCAUACCCGGAUGUUUUCUGUGGGAUCAGCAUGACCAGAGGGUGCAGUAUGACGUCAUCGCGCACCACUGGAGGUAUGAUGGGAAAAUAGCACGUGCGUCUAUGCCAGAUGAUGCUUUUUAUGUAACUAUUAUACGAGAACCAUUUUCGAGGUUCAAAUCCCAUUUUAGUUACAGUAACUUUGCCAGAAAACUGAACAUCCAAACAAGUUCUGACCCCAUGUUGUUGUUCUUACGAAGUGUGUUGAAUGAGAAGAGUGCUCCACAGAGUAUAGAUAAAGCUAAUCUACGCAGUAUCGGAUAUAUACUUAGAAACAAUAUGAUGCUAGAUCUAGGAUUUAAGCUGCACGCAGAAGACGACAUUGGAUCUGGGAUAGACUACAUCAAAACACUUGACUCUGAUUUUAACUUGGUUUUGCUUACCGAGGAGAUAAACGCCGGCAUAGUUAUGUUGCGCCGGCGACUGUGCUGGGAUAUAAAGGAUAUUAUAUAUUUAAAAUUGAACGCUCAAGCCACUUACAAAUUCCCAAUUCGUGAAAAAACCCUGGACGAUCUUGCUAAGCUCCAUGCAACUUGGGGUACCCUAGAUUAUCAGCUCUAUCAGCACUUUCGUGCUAAGUUUGAAGCAGAGAAGAAAAGACAAGACAAAGAUUUUUGGGCCGAACUUGCGUACUAUGAAAAACUUUUGCUACAAAUAAGAGAUUAUUGUAAUGUAGAACUGAAUGGGACCAACAGCACUGAUUUCCUGGCCCGUCCUAAUAAUGUUUUCCUGGUUCGUCCUAAUAAUUGGACAAGUAUGUAA